AUGGCGCAGGCCGAGGGAAACGACAAAUCUUCGAACCCCAUGCGGGAACUCCGCAUCCAGAAGCUCGUCCUGAACAUCUCCGUCGGCGAGUCUGGUGACAGACUGACCCGUGCAGCCAAGGUGUUGGAACAGCUGAGCGGUCAAACCCCAGUCUACAACGACGUUGUGAAGCUGGGAAAUGAAGAAAACGCACGACGGAAGCUAACAAGCGAGUUCUGCACAAUAGGCAAGGCCCGAUACACUGUCCGUACUUUCGGUAUCCGACGUAACGAAAAGAUUGCUGUCCACGUUACCGUCCGUGGCCCCAAGGCUGAGGAGAUCCUUGAGCGUGGUCUUAAGGUCAAGGAAUAUGAAUUGAGGAAGAAGAACUUCUCUGAGACUGGUAACUUUGGAUUCGGUAUCAACGAGCACAUCGACUUGGGCAUCAAGUAUGACCCUGGUAUCGGUAUCUACGGAAUGGACUUCUACUGCUGCAUGACCCGUCCUGGUGAGCGUAUCGCUAAGCGCCGACGAUGCAAGUCCAAGAUCGGUGCUCCCCACCGUAUCAACCAGACCGAGACCAUCAAGUGGUUCAAGAGCAGAUUCGAGGGAAUUGUCCGAUAA